CUGGAGUAUCCAUGGACUAAAUUGCACUCUUUCUACUGCCAUGCACUCGAAAAAAAUGAGGCAAUUGGCGAAUUUUCGUUGGCACCCGCAAACGCAUCGCAUUCACCAGGCACCCCGCCCUGUCCCUCGAACUAACACCCUAUGGGUUUCAAGUUUGCCCAUCUGUGCGACCUGCUCUCAUCGAUCGAGGAUAACAGGAUCCUGAAGGCCUCCCAUGAGGCCAAAGCUAUAAAUCCAGACACCCGGGCCGUGACCCGAUGGUUUGCCCGUCAUGGGAAGCAGAUCCGGGAGAAUGCCGAUCAAGUGGCCCUUCUUUCGUGUAUGUUUCCGGAGAAAAGGACCGACAGAGUCUACUGGCUUCAGGAUGCAAAAUUGUCGAAGAUAAUAGCACGUUGCCUGCUCCUGGGGGUCUCUAGGUGCGCGGAAUUGGACAGGUGGCGCGAGUCCGGGGGUGGAGAUCUUGGGCAAUGCGUUGAGAAUGUCAUGCGGCAAGCUGAGAACCAUAUCACCAGUGCGCAGGAGGUCACUAUUGAGGAGAUCGACGACGUCCUGAUUCAGGUUGCCUCUCGGUGCAAGUUUUCGGGCCCUCAAGUGCGAAGGCAGCGUGCGGCAGUGGAUCUCGAUGAGAAACUAGCCCCUCUGUAUCGACGGCUGAGUAGCAGAGACGCGAAAUGGCUGACGCGAAUGAUCUUGAAAAGAUACUAUCCUGUUGUGCUGCCAUUCACCCUGACGCUGAGAAGCUUCCAUUUUCUACUUCCGCACCUCCUCCUGUUCCAGGACUCGUUCGAGGGCGCUCUAAAGAUGUUAACCUCCGGCCCCAUAAGCCAUUUCCCCCCACACCCAGAACCCGGUCUAGCCAAAGAUUUGGGGUUGAUAGCCUUGCAACAUCUCAACCCGAACAUCGGGGUUAAGAUAGGACGACCGGAAUACUAUAAGGCUCGGAGCAUUAAGCAUUGCUGUCGAAUGAUAGGCAACCGCCGAAUGAGUAUAGAGAGGAAGUACGACGGCGAAUACUGCCAGAUACAUAUCGACCUCUCUAAUCGCCUUCGCCCCAUCCAGAUAUUCUCCAAGAGUGGAAAGGACUCUACGGAUGACAGGGCUGGCGUCCAUCAAGUGAUCAGAGAUUCCCUGAGAUUAGAACAAGCCGAUUGCAAAAUCUCCCGCCGAUGUAUUCUAGAGGGCGAACUGCUAGUCUGGAGUGACAAUCUUGGUAAGAUCGCAGAUUUUCAUAAGUUGCGUAAAUUUAUUGCUCGGUCUGGUACUCUCAUUGGGACUGAGAACGAUUCCCCACCACAACUAUAUGAGCAUCUGAUGAUCGUCUUCUUCGAUAUACUACUCAUUGAUGAUAAUAUAUGCCUGAAAAUACCUCAUCGGGAUCGGAGGUUGCUCCUGAAAGACACCGUAAAAGUGAUUUCUGGUCGUGCCGACAUCUCUGACCAGUGGGUUGUGGACUUUUCGCGUUAUGACAGCCAGUCUCGGCUGGAACGUAUCUUCGCCAAAGGCAUCAAUGAAAGAUGGGAGGGAUUUGUGCUAAAAGGUUGUGAGGAUCCCUACUUCACAAUCUUCUCGAGCGAGGCAAAUAACUCCGCCGGCCGCUGGAUCAAGCUCAAGAAGGACUACAUACCAGGUCUGGGCGAUACUGUGGAUCUCGCAAUCAUCGGAGGGAGAUAUAAUCCUCGAGAUGCUGAAGCAUUGAAGCAGGUCAAGAAAUUGAUAUGGACUGAGUUUUUCAUCGGGUGCCUUCUCAAUAAAGAUGAAGUUAUGCAGUUCGACGUUCCUCCCAAAUUCCGGGUCGUGGACGUGGUCACCCGUCAUUUCAUGCAUAUCAAGACUAUGCAGAUUCUAAAUCAGUUCGGAGAAUUCCACGCUCGUAGCAUGGACUCCGGACAUGGCUUCACUAUUGAAUACGGGGAGAGCGUGACAACACCGUUGGACAAUGUCUUUAAGGAGCCCUUUGUCGUGGAGAUGCUGGGCAGCGGCUUCGAGAAGCCGUCUGGUGCCAGAUACUAUACGCUCCGGUUUCCAAGGAUCACGAAGAUUCUUUGGGAUAGGACAUUUCAAGACGCAGCAUCAUUCUCAGAUCUACAACUUCUGGCUGAAGACGCCCGGUCCGUCCCUGUUGAGGAUUCGGAAGAGCAAGAGUACGAGUGGGCUAAGCGGUUGAAGCUGGGACACGCAUCGCAGUACUCGGUCAAUAGAUCCCAGACCAAAUCGACUACGCAGAGCUCCGAGCCACUAUCGGAAAUUACGGUCAAUUCGCAUCGUGGGGCAUCCAUACCUGUCUUGGCUGCUAAAGUGGACUCGCCAAACCGACCAACUCGGCGUGACGGCCCUAGACAUACCAUGCAGCGCGCCAUCCCCAUACAUGUGGAUCUGACGGUGGAAUCAUCAUCACCGCCUAAAGAGUCGAAUGUUUCGGGAAAUCACUUGACGAAUAACGAGAACCUCUCAUCCCAUACUGCAGGCCAAAGAAGGAACUUGGCCCAUUCCAUCUGCUCGAAGGACCAGAUGUCAAUCAGCCCUUCCCAUCCGUCUGAAACCAGCCUGAAGACUGUCGACACAUCUACUCUCCCAAGUCAGCCACCCAUAUCUCGAAGGCACUUCACACACAGAGCUACCAGAGGAAGAGAUACCACUUCCCCCAAGCCAAACAACCCCAUCAUCCAAUCCCCCCUGCUUCAAAUCCCCAAAUACAUCCACCACGACCCCUUAGUCCACCAAAACACCACGACUCAUUAUAUACCAAACACACCACCAAUCUUUCCCACCCUCGACACAUUCCUCCACGCCCUUUUAUCCCCCAACUUCCGCUCCCAUCUCAAGAUAUCCAACCCCCAUGCCGCUUCCCAAAACACAACUUUCGGGAUGAUCUUCCUCCCACAGUCCGCACCCUCCCUAAGUACCCUCCUCUCCCAGUUAACCAGAGGGCUAUCACAAUUCCUCCACCCCCAUGAACCCUCACAGCCUUCCUCUGUCCCUCUCCCUCCCAACGGAAAGGUUUUCAUCCUCGACUCCACCAUCCUCCACCUCCACCCCCACCCAACCAGCCACAGCCACACCCACCUCAAGUUCUGUCUCCGGCAGACCUGGCAGAACAUAAGUAAGGAUUACUUCUACGCGGCUGUGAAGUGGAAAUCCAAACCCCCGUCCCUGACUUCUUUUCUUGCCGAUGAGAUUCCGGGGACGCCGGUGGAUGCACAGGGACAGAAACUGAUCCCGAUCCAGAAACCGCAGCCUAGGGUUACGAUCUCAUUUGAUAGACGGGAGUUGGCCUCUUUGGGGGAGUUUAGUUCUGUGGAGCCGGUGGUUCAUGUUGAAGGGGAGGGGUGGAUAAUAUCCUGAGUGAUGGUUUGGUAUAUAUACUACUAUGUAGCGAGUGG